ACAUUAACAGAGUUCGGAAUACUCGGUGUCCCGACGAGCUUCACGGCGGGGGGCGUGAACGCAGGGGGCGCGUCCAGGGAAACAUUUCCGCCACGUCUACUGCGGGUCCUGUAGCGGACUCUGUUUCUCGGGUGGCGCUGGGGCACUCAGUUUUAAGUCUUUUCUCCGCCUACCAGAGAGUUUGAACUCAGGGGCGGCAGUAGUCCUUGACCCAGGUUUGGCGUGAUGGAGCCAGCGUCCUCGGUUUGGGGAGGCCUCGACCAAGAUAGAGCUCCUUCUACCCCCACUUGAUAUCUGCUUAUCAGGCUAUUGUGUACCCCAGUUUCCCCUGAACGCCAUCUGCCCCCUAGUUCCAGGUUCUCUUUUGGCCUUGUACUGUAUCUCUAGCCCUAGUAUUGCAUUCCCACUUAACUCUUUCCGUCUAAUGCUGUGGCGUCUCCUGGGCUGUACCUCGGGUACCAGGGAGAGCAAGAGCACGGAAAGUCGGAGUCAGACCCCACUGCCGCAGGAUGAGUAGGAGCCCAAGCUGGUCUGAUCAGCUCCAUGCGGUUCUCAGUUCAACUGAUGAAAAUAUAGUCCGGAUUAAGUAGAGUUUAUAUCCCUUUGGAGUUCCCUCAAUAGGUGACCUGGCUGAUACCUGCAUUUAUCAUCACUUGCCUCCUCAGCUAGGGAUCCAAGCUCAACAGCCUUGGCCUCUAAAGACUCCCAGUCUUCGAAAGAGACUGAGCUGCACUGGAGCCAACAGCUCAUCCUCUCUCUGGGAUGAAGUUACUAAUCUCUGAUCCCAGCAUAACUCUCAGACUCAGGUGACUGAGGCUCUAAGGCAUGCUGUGCAGAGCCUGCUGAAAGAUCGAGAGCAGCAGAUGUGUAAGAUUGGUGGGCUAGAAGCAUCACUAAAAUUGCUGUAGAAGAGCCCAAAAGGGAGAGCCCUUCUGGAGCAAUGCUUGGAGGGGCUGAGAAAAGAAGUGCAGGGCCUUUGGAGCCAGGUGCAAGAACUAUGCCAAACCCAAAUGAAAACAAGACCAAGAAAGUUCAGUGCUACCAGUGGCCUUCAUAAGGAGCUGCAGACUGAGCACCAACUUUUGUGGGAAGAAUCAGAGAUUCUGCAGGAAGAACUGAAGUUGCUGCGGGACCAGCUGAGCCAGCAUCAGGAGUUGCUGCUGAAACAGGUGGCUGAGGGGCACCAGGUUCAGGCCUGCAGCUGGAAGACAUUGGAGCACCUGCAGAGUGACCAGAAGGACAAGGUUCAUACCUUGGAGAUUACCAGGACAGAGACACGGGAUGCCCAGGGGGAGGAGCCCAGCCUCCUCAGGACCUCUGUUUAUGCCCAGCAAUCUAAGCUGCCUCUGGCCACCACCUUGCCACGUCUUUCUUCAUCUAGCUCUGAAGUCAGUCUUCCAGACUGUGACAGUAGUUGGGAACUUUUAAAGAAACUAGAUAGGGAGCUCCAGAACAACACCCUUUCUAACCUGGAAUCCAGCAGCUCUCAGUUUCAUGCGCAUCUUGAGCAAGAGGACCUCUUCUUUCAGGGCCCCAAGAUGUUCCAGAGUAACCUGUGAGAACUUGUAGGAAUGGUGGGAUGAAACCUCUUUGCCCACCCUUCUGUCCAUGGCAGCCUUCUCUUUGCCUCUGGUAUGUGCCCUCUCUUAGGAGGCAUCUCACUGUCUACCGGUUUCUACAACUAACUUAAAAUAAAGUGGCUUUACUCUCCCUCA